GCCAGUUUUCCGCAAGGUGGCGACUACGGCGGGCGCAGACUAAAAAGACAGACUUUUUUCUAUAUAAUAUACGGCAGGAAUCAGUGCAAAAACCGAUCCAUCGCAAUGGCUGCUAGAUUCAUACAGAAAAUUCUCAAUCAACUGGGUUUGAUUGCAGCGCGUGAUGCUCCGGCGGUGACUGCGACGCCAGCAGUGAGCCAGGUCAACGCGACUCCCGCCGCCAGCCGGUCCUACUCCUCCGGCACCAAGAAAGUCACCCUCAUCCCUGGCGAUGGCAUCGGACCCGAGAUCUCUGCGGCCGUGCAGAAGAUCUUCACCGCCGCCAAUGUGCCCAUCGAGUGGGAGGCCGUGGACGUGACCCCCGUCCGGGGACCCGACGGAAAGUUCGGCAUCCCACAGGCCGCCAUUGACUCGGUGAACACGAACAAGAUCGGCCUGAAGGGUCCUCUGAUGACGCCCGUGGGCAAGGGCCAUCGGUCUCUGAAUCUGGCUCUGCGCAAGGAGUUCAAUCUGUACGCCAACGUGCGUCCCUGCCGCAGUCUCGAGGGCUACAAGACGCUGUACGACGAUGUGGACGUGGUCACCAUCCGCGAGAACACCGAGGGCGAGUACUCCGGCAUCGAGCACGAGAUCGUCGACGGCGUCGUCCAGAGCAUCAAGCUGAUCACCGAGGAGGCCUCCAAGCGUGUGGCCGAGUACGCCUUCCAGUACGCCAAGAACAACAACCGCAAGAAGGUCACCGUGGUGCACAAGGCGAACAUUAUGCGCAUGUCCGAUGGCCUCUUCCUGCGCUGCGUCCGCGACAUGGCCCAGAAGUUCCCCGAAAUCCAGUUCGAAGAGAAGUAUCUGGAUACGGUGUGCCUGAACAUGGUCCAGAACCCCGGAAAAUACGACGUGCUGGUCAUGCCCAAUCUGUACGGUGAUAUUCUGUCUGACAUGUGCGCCGGUUUGGUGGGCGGCCUCGGCCUGACGCCCUCCGGCAACAUGGGCCUGAACGGUGCCCUGUUCGAGUCCGUGCACGGCACCGCCCCCGAUAUUGCCGGCAAGGAUCUGGCCAAUCCCACUGCCCUGUUGCUGUCGGCGGUCAUGAUGCUGCGCCACAUGGAGCUCAACACGUACGCCGAUAAAAUCGAGCGUGCCGCCUUCGAGACCAUCAAGGAGGGCAAGUACCUCACCGGCGAUCUGGGCGGCCGUGCCAAGUGCUCCGAGUUCACGAACGAGAUCUGCGCCAAGCUGUAGACGACGGAUCACGGACCAUCCGCAUAAGCUGUAGCAAGUAUCGCCAACCAUAACAACAACCGAUGAGAACAGAGCAGAGAACUACGCCAGGAAUAUUGCGCAGAGGAGGAUGAUGCAGUAUGAACAACAGCAAUUAAACACUCGCCCCAAACCAAAAAAAAA